UAAAGAGUUUCAUCGGUGAGAAGUUGCUGUUACGGCUUCCAGUAUGGCUGCAUUUCCUUAUUUUGAUUUAAUCAUCAACUACAAAGGAAAAGUGGGAAGAGUGUUUGAUGUGGACCCAAAUAUGUAUUGCUACAUUGAUGCCUUGAAGGAUGUAACUGCAACAGUCCUGUCUCACAUUUCUUGUAGUGAAGCAAUAGCAAUCACAUUGCAUUGUGAUAUGCCUGGUACUGACAGAAGGAGAUUAGUAGAAAAUGAUCUUGAUGUGCUAGACAUGUUUUAUGUGCAAGGAAGGAGUAAAACAAUUAACUUGUAUGUAAACAUAGAAUAUUCUAUUGGAAUGAGUGAUGGUGGACAUAAAAGUAAUGUUGGAAAUGAAAAUCAUGGAGUAGAUGCUGUAGAUGUAGAGCAAGGCUACCAUACUGUAGAUGUAGAUGAAGAGUACCAUGAGGACAAUGUUUAUGGGUUUAGUGAUGAGGAUAGGGAUUGGAAUGCAACUGCUGAGGAUGAAAACCAAUCAGAUGCCAAUGAGAUUUUGAGUGAUGAUGAUAAUGAGUGCUCAAGUGAUGAUGCUGAACUUAGUGAUUACCAAUCUGGUGAUGAUGAAGUGCCAUAUUCUAGUACUGAUGAUGAUUAUGAUGAUGAAGCAGACUGUCUAGAUGAUGAAGAGAUGAGGUUUCCAGGCAUGAAGUAUGAUGGUACCUACAAUGGGAAAGAGCCAUAUAUGAAUCAAGAUGGAGAAGUUGUGUUGGAAGAAGGGAUGAUUUUUCCAGAAGUGAAUACUUUUAGGGCUACAUUAAGGGACUAUACAGUGCAAACUGGUUUCAAGAUAGUAAGAGACAAAAAUGAGAAGUCUAGAGUAACAGCCCAUUGUGCUGCUGAGGGCUGCCCUUGGAGAAUUCAUGCAUCUCCACUUCCAGAUGGGAUUAAAACCUUAGUACCUACUCACACAUGUAGCAGGAUGAACACAAACACUGAAGCUACAUCAGCUUGGAUUGCUAAAAAAAUGGUUGAAAGUUUUAAGGACAAUCCACACAUGGGCUUAGAUACCAUGCAAAUGAAACUGAAUAAAAUGUUUGGGAUUGAGGCUUCAAGAAUGCAACUGUAUAGAGCCAAAAGGAGGUGCAAGGAGGAGCUGGAGGGUGAUCAUGGGAGCCAAUAUGUGUUGUUGCCAACAUAUGCUAGUCAAAUCAACAAAACAAACCCUGGCAGCUUGGUUGUCAUAAAUUAUGACAUACCCUCUACCCCAGUUUCAGAAGAUGGAGAACAACCAGACCCUACCAUUCCUCAAUAUCCAUUGUUCCAAAGAAUUUUCAUAUCAUUUGAUGCAAUGAAAGCAGGGUUCAUUAAUGGAUGUAGGCCAUUCAUAGGGGUAGAUGGGUGUCACUUGAAGGGUCCCUAUGGUUGUGUUUUAAUUUCAGCAGUUGCCUUGGAUGGAAAUAAUGGCUUGUUUCCAUUGGCAUUGGCAAUAGUAGAGGGUGAAUGCAAGGACAGUUGGUCUUUUUUCUUGCACAACUUGAGAACAAUCAUAGAAGAUGCACUACCUUCUAGACCAUGGACCAUCAUGUCUGAUCAACAAAAGGGCCUUGAUAAGAUUGUGAGUGACAUUAUACCGGAGGCAACUCAUAGAAGAUGUUGCAUGCACCUAUAUAACAAUUUCAGAGCCAAAUUUCCGGGUUUAAUUUUGAGGAAGCAAUUUUGGAGAGCAGCAAGGGCUUACAAUCAGAUGGAGUAUGAUAAGGCUAUGCAAGCCAUUAAGGACCUGAACAAUGAUGCUUGCAUUUGGUUGCAGAAGGUUCCAGUUGAAGGAAGGUCUAGGCAUGCAUUUGAUGGUAGGAUUAGAAGUGAUCACAUCACAAAUAACAUGACAGAGUCCUUCAACAAUUGGUUAGGAAAUUUGAGAACUCAGCCAAUUUUAACUAUGUUAGAGGGCAUAAGGUGCAAGUUGAUGGGUAAGUUUCAGAUGAGGUACCAAAAGACAAUGCAGUGGAGAUCUAAUGUGACAUUGAAUGUGAAGAAAUAG